AUGUCUGCCGAAGAAAACAAGAAAAAUAUGACUUAUGUCCGUCUGGGCAACUCUGGUCUCAAGGUCUCACGGUUAAUCCUCGGACUCAUGAGUUAUGGGACCAAAGGGUGGGCCCCUUGGGUUGUAGAGAAAGAGGAGGCAAUUAAGCACAUCAAAACUGCCUACGAUGCAGGUAUCCAAACAUUUGAUACAGCCAAUGUGUACUCGAAUGGUGAAUCAGAGCGAAUCCUUGGUGAAGCGAUCCGUCAGCUCAAGCUGCCCCGUGAUGAAAUUGUGGUCAUGACCAAGCUAUGGGGAGUCGUUGGACGUACUCCUGGUGAAUCGUACAUGCGGGACCCGGCAGCCGCUGACGCUUACGGAUACGUGAAUCAGUAUGGUCUCGGUCGUAAGCACAUAUUCGAAUCCGUCAAGCAUUCUCUUGAACGUCUUCAACUUGAAUAUGUCGAUGUCUUACAGUGUCAUCGAUUCGACUAUGAUACACCUAUUGAAGAGACUAUGCAAGCCCUUCACGACGUAGUGAAGGCUGGAUACGCGCGAUAUAUUGGGAUGUCCAGCUGCCACGCCUACCAGUUCCACGCAAUGCAGAACUAUGCGAUCAACAACAAGCUGACGCCAUUUAUUUCUAUGCAAAAUCACUAUAAUCUGUUGUAUCGCGAAGAAGAGCGAGAGAUGGUUCCAACAUUGAAGAUGUUUGGGGUUGGGAUGAUACCCUGGUCACCCUUAGCAGAGGUGCAUUGGCUCGACCUUUCUCCGAAUCGACACUUAGGUCUCAAGGCGAUCCGUGAGAUGGCCGCAUUGAUGAAUCAGACUAGAGAGUCUAAUAAGGAAAUCAUUACACGAGUGGAACAGAUCGCCAAGGCUCGGAACGUUAGCAUGGCCCAAGUGGGUCUCGCUUGGGUUCUGUCCAAAGAUCACACAAGCGCGCCAAUCAUUGGAAUAACCAACCUGGAGAACUUCCAGGAUACGAUCGGCGCCCUUCAAGUGAAACUCACAGAAGAAGAGAUUAAGCAGCUGGAGGAGCCGUACGGUCCUCGCGGAAUUGUUGGGCAUAGUUAA